GCCAGCGCGGUGGUUUCCUCGUUUGACAGCAGGGGCUUGUUUUACAGCACAAAACUACUAAGGAUGAACAUUUCAAGGGACGAUGCGGCAAUAGAGAUAAUCGAGGAGACGUUUAGCUGAAGGGCCAUCAGCUUCACAUCUGUCUCCCGGUGUGUGCGCGCGCGCUCCGAAAAUUAGCGCCAGGCAACUUUUUUAACUCGACUGGACGUCUUUUCAUGAAGUGCCCAUGCAUUUGUUGUUGUUAGCCGCUCAUGCUAACCGUAGAAGUUGCCAGCUAGCUGGCCUAGCGAGCCAAUGGUUGAAGCGAGGAGGCGAUAAUUAGCCGCAUUUGUUUGAUUUACUCCACGAAUGCGGCCCGGAGCGUGAACCCGGCGGUGUGCGACGUUAGCCGAUGGAGCCAGCUCACCGGGGCUCCGCGUGUUUUCAAGAGCUGCAGCUUUGGCCGAGCUUUUAAAGAAGCAGCCUUGUUGAGUUGACUAUCUGACGGUAGUUAGCUUCGCAUUUAGCCGCCGCCGCCGUCCCCGGAAGAAUGAGUAGAAAAAACCAUAAUCAUUAUAAAGGAGCCGAGGUCAGCUGCUGCGUGAAGUACUUCUUAUUUGGGUUCAACAUUUUGUUCUGGCUGCUAGGAGCCGCAUUCUUGGGAAUCGGCCUGUGGGCAUGGGCGGAGAAGGGCGUGCUGUCCAAUCUGUCAGCCAUCACAGACCUUGGGGGCUUCGACCCUGUGUGGCUCUUCAUCGUCGUGGGAGGGGUCAUGUUCAUCCUGGGCUUUGCUGGCUGUAUCGGAGCGCUCAGAGAGAACACCACCCUGCUUAAAUUUUUUUCUGUGUUCCUGGGUUUGAUCUUCUUCUUGGAGCUGACGGCAGGGAUCCUUGCCUUCGUCUUUAAGGACUGGAUCAAAGACCAGCUCAACUUUUUCAUCAACAACAAUGUCAAGGCCUACCGCGAUGACAUCGACUUGCAGAAUCUUAUUGACUUUGCCCAGGAAUACUGGUCAUGCUGUGGAGCUCACGGGCCCGACGACUGGAACCUGAACAUGUACUUCAACUGCACUGAGCUGAACCCCAGUAGAGAGCGCUGUGGAGUCCCGUUCUCCUGCUGUGUCAAAGACCCUGCAGAGGAUGUCAUCAACACGCAGUGUGGUUAUGACGUUCGGCUUCAAGGGGAGCUGGACCGGCAGAAAUAUAUCCUUACCAAAGGCUGUGUGGGACAGUUUGAGAAGUGGCUUCAGGACAACCUGAUUAUUGUAGCUGGAAUCUUUGUUGGUAUUGCACUUUUACAGAUUUUUGGUAUCUGCCUUGCUCAAAACCUGGUGAGUGAUGUCAAAGCUGUUAAAGCCAACUGGUGACAGGAGAGGCGACGUGAGGGAGCUCCGCCCCUUCGGCCCAGCAAGAUCAACACAGCACACAAGUCCCGUCCAGAUGAGGGCGGAGAACCGAGACCCGUCAACACUGCAUUGCCGUUGAGCUAAGCAGCACAUACGCACUCUCACACUUUUAUACGUGCAUCCACAAAGAGUUUACUUCCCUGUUUUAUCAGUGACACUUGAAUGGGGAGAAGAACAUCCCACACAAACCAAACAGUCAACACUUUGUUUACCACUCAGCUGGAUUUUAACCCUAAAAUACAGAGGACGGUCCUGCCUACUUCAUAGUUAGUCUUUUUAUUUUUAUUUUUCUGCUUCCUCUGAUUUUUUUUUCUUUGCUUCCUUUGGACAAGUGUAUUUAUGGGGUGCAGUUGCACAAGGACUCCUGUCAAUUGGGAGAUUUGAAACCAUGAAACAAAAAACAUAAACAAAUGAAAACCUCCUUCUUUUUUUUUAAAGCAUUCCAUUGUCACACAGCCUCCUUCCGCUCAGUGAGGGCUUGAGCAUCGCCGACAAACAGCCUGUGUUUAACGUGCUGGUUCCCACUUCCUGCUGUAGGGAAUCGUGGGAUGCUGGCCUGCCAAAAAACACAUGGAUUCCUCUGCAUGUCAUUUCUUUUAUCCAUUCUGAAUGUUUAUGACCACUGAACAGACUCUGAACACCAGCUGGUCAAGUCUGCAACAGGAGAUUUCAAUUCUAACUCAAAGUGUAAAAAGUGCCAUUAAUGUGCUGAUAUUUUUGUCUUCUUCCAUUUCUUUGCAUAUCAUUUCUGCCCCGCCCCACAAUACCUCAGGGCCGGAAAUAUAAUGCUUUCUGCCAUUGGUUAAAAGCACAUCUAUUUUUUUCCAUCCAUGUCUGUGCAAUUUAGAUACUCAAACCUGUUGCAGAAAACACGAACAGUUAAUCCAAAGUCCUGCUCCCGUUUGCCCUGCAGUGAUUGUAUUAUCCGUUAAUAAACUGAAGGAUGUUGUAUUGUAUGAAAUGGGAAGGCCUGGUGUGGUUGGGAUCAUAGGACGAUGCUAUACACAGAAAUCAUAGUUGAGGUUGUUAUUCAUCUCUCAGCAUCCCUCAGGCACAUGGGAUUGCUGAUUUGGGGCCUUUUUUUUGUUUGUUUUUUACUUGACUUAUGUUACCACACAUUCUUUCUUCAAAGUGAAAUAAGAAUGUUUGUCUGUUUUUAACAAUGUCCUUUUAUUCAUCCUUUUUAUUUCCUAUAAUUUUAUUGACACAGCUUUCUUUUUUAUCCUGGUUUCAAUGUUUGGCUUCACCAGGCACCUGUUUUACCUCUGACCCAUCAGUCAACUGCUAAACAGCUUAUUGUUGAUGUUGGCAGUCCUAAUGGAGACCAAAUAAUAUCAGCCGGCCACAAGCUAACUGCCAAGCUUUUAUCCGGCCUCAAUUGUGAUUUUCCAAGGAAUGCCAAGCAAAUAACAAAUGGCAUUUCUAGACAGCCAAAAUGUGAAUUUAUUGUUUCUUUUAUGCGGGAAGUGCCAGUUGGAAUAAGAAAACAAAUUUAAAAUGUUACAUUAUAGCUGUUAUCUUUAAAUCAUGUUGUGUCUUUAGUUUGGACUGGUUUUGAAAUUUAGAAUAGAAAAACAAGCUCUUACCUUUUUUCAUAUUAGCAACAGCCUCAAUAUAACAUGAAUGCUGCUUAAAAGUUGAUUAGAUUAUUGAUGAUAUGUAGGACAAUAACCAAGCUAACAACAAGUCUCUCAAUUUGCCAUGUUGUCAAUGUUUCCAGGCUGAGCACAUAUUCUGAUUAUUUGUUCUUUCUCAAGUUUACACUUUGUGGUCCGACCUUUUGUUCAUUUAAAAAAGAAAGAAAGAAAGACUCACAUUACUCAGAGCUUUUCAUCCUCCAUGAUACUCACAGAAUAUAGUUCCUGAUAAACUGGGUUCACUUGAUACUUUUGUUCAUUUUGUUUUGACUGCAUUUAACCACUCCGGUUGUUUCUGGUUGUAGCUCAGAUACACAGCACAGGCAUGAUUUGGCACACCCAGCCAAAAGAAAACAUGUUUUGAAUUGCAAUGCACAUACGUUUAAAGAUGAGUAGCAUUCAUAUUCUGUGAACACCAAAACCUGCUUCACCGACUCUGUCGGUAGCGCGCGCGCGCACACACACACACACACACACACACACACACACACACACACACACACACACACACACACACACACACACACACACACACACACACACACACACACACACAGGAGCUCGUUCAGUAACGGCACCUUGUGAUCGCCUGCUAUGCUUACAUGUCGUAUAUUGCUUUCACCCACAUGCUCCCUCUUCACAACACUACUUGAUCUGACUGCACCUGUUUCAGUCUGUCAUUUUGAUGUUUUUUUAAACAACAGGCUCGUUUAAGAGGGAGAAAAUGACGGGAAACGCAAGACGAAACAACAAUUUAGGUGUCACGAAUGAAUGAGUGGGUGGAAUAGAAAUCCAGAGCAGCACAAUGCAUCUGUGCUGGAGUGACUGAAGCAGGUCUUUAAUGACUCGGUUGAAAGUUUCCAAAGGAGAGGCUCAUUCAUUUCAGCUCUUUAGUUGUAAUCAAUGAGUGAGAACCUCGAGCAGUCUUAAGAAAAUAGACUUUUUUUUUCUUUUUUCCUUCAGAUGAAAUGUUGAAACAUUUACAGCCGUAUGAUAUAAUUCCUCUCAAUUACAAGUAUGUGUGGGCCUCUUUGAUUUCGCUAAUCAAUCUGUCCCAUUGGAGUUUGGAAGAUCAGGAAUAAAUAAACCGGUGCUUAUUUUCCCUCCA